CUUCAACUGCACCUCAUUACACUGCUCCAGGCGUGACAUCAGAGCAUGCCCACGUACUGGCAUCGCGCCAUCACUCCUUAUAUUUCUGGACUUUCAGCCCCAAGUAGGCUGUACGGUAUGAGCUGAAAUGGCUCCUCCACAGAGUGUCCCGACUGCCGGCACAGCAGUACAUGCCCAAACGUCUUCAACCAAUGUUCCAGGAAAGUCAGAGCCGAGGCAGAGACGCGUAGCGGAACCAGAGGAGAAGGUACAUUUCACCGCCCUCAUUCGCCUGCCUUUCCUCAGAGGAGACUUUGUUGAUCCGCCCCAAGUGGACUGGGACAACACCAGAGACCAAGCGCUUUGGAAGAUCAUCUCGCGCAGUUCGAAGGCCAGCGCUAUAGAUUGGACAGAACUAGCCAAUAAAUUUCAAGUCCCACAUACCUUUCUGCUACAACAGGCAGCAUGGCUGUACGAACGACACAUAUCCCAUGUCCGCGCUCAGAUGCGGAAAGUUCAAACACCUACAGCUUCCACUGGAAUAGGAUCUGCGAGCUCCACAACACCUGUCUGUAGUGUUCCCAUGAAAAGGCUUGGUAGUGGAGGCUCUAGAGCACCCUCAUCAUUGUCCAUCAGAUCGAAGGUUGAAAUUGUCAAAGUAGAUGGUAGCUUACCAGGAUCCCCCAAAGCGCCAGCACCUACAAUAUCACGAACACCAUCAACAACGACCGUCACGCACAGCGGUCUGGGUGUUACUGCUCCUGUCAGUCCUAGACCACCUCAUAGAUCGUUCCGUUCGUCCUUCCCACCGUCUCGCAAGGCUCCGCCUGCCGUGCCUGUGCACGGUGCUAGUACUGCAACCAAUCAUCCUACCAGUCCUGAUUCGCUCUCUGGUGCCGACUCAAGUUCGUCGGCAAGCUCCUCUGACGAGGAGCCCGAUAAUCCCAUCCGGCGCAGCCAAAUAUUCAAGCGCCCUCCUCGUUUCACGCAACGCAAAUCUCCCCUUGCUCCUCUUGAUGAUGCUUCAGAAAAUGAUCCAGAUGAGGAUGACUCCUCGAAUUCCGACCUUCCAUUCGCAAUGGUCAAUCAGAAUUAUACUCAGAACAAGACGCCUGCCCGGCAAGAUCCACAUCACGCUCAAGGUGGCCUAGUAAAAGGGGCUGACAAGUCGAAAGGAAAAUCAAUUACUGACCCUCGAGCACAGCGUCAAGUUAUAGGAUCUACAUCUGGUAUUGAAUCCUCUGCAUCUUCCGCAUCAUCUGCUGUACCUGGCCGUUCCAAUCAAGUACCUUCAUCACCUCCACCAAUGUCACCACGACACAGAGCGGAGCUGGCACGCUUAAACCCUCACAAACGAAAUAGUGUAGGCUCCCCGAGUAGCAGGGGCAAAGGUAAGGAAACAGGCAGCGACGGCACACCUAGCAUGGGCAGCAGCUUCAGUGAUCUUGACGAUGCCAGUGUCACUCAGUCCGCACUAGAGGAAGCGCUCUUGAGCAAUAUGCAGCAUGGUAGAAUGAGUACAUUGAGUAAUCUGCGAUCGAGGUAUUUGUAAAGUGAGCAGUCAUACAGCUUCAAAUCUAGGAUAUCUCAUCAUUUCUUUGUUCUCCUUGAAUGUCCUACAAUUCCUAUGUUUCCUUCUUCAUGAAUACCUGGCUAUAUAAAAUCUCUUGAUUCAUUCGCUUGUAUAAGCUAGGUUGCUCGCAACAACGGUUCGACAUGUGCUCAGCAUCUCCACUUGCACAUUUAUUCUGCAUACUGAAUCUCUUGCUUGAGUCUCGUCCAUAUAUCACUGUAUACCCUCUCUUGCUCUGCUCUUCUGCAGUCGUACUUUAUAUUCUUAUGUUUUAUGGACAAUCCAUUACGAGUGUACGAGCUUCUAUGUCUUUCGGGCUCGCUUUAUUCUUGAUGUGAUGCUUCCAUGUUCCCUUUGACACCUGUCGUACUGUGGACAAUUGCCAGUGGCUGUGUCGAUG